AUGUUCGUCAAGCGCCUCUCCAGCCUCUCCGGCGGAUUCUCCCGAUCGAGCCCUGCCGUCGCCCGUCGUCUCCUCUCCACAUCGAGAUCUCUCAAUCAAUCCAUCGCCCUUCAGAUCAACGGUCAAGGCUCAGGCGCGAAACAGCACGUCACCAUCCAGGGAAAGCCAUACUCAUUCACGACCGACACCUACACGACGCUGGGCGGCGAAGACUCGGCGCCGUCGCCGGUCUCGUACUCCCUCGCUAGCCUGACGUCCUGCAACCAGGUGACUGGCGGCGUCGUCGCCAAGGACCAUGGCGUCAAGCUUGGCAAGUGGGACGUGUCGCUGGAGGGCGUGCUGCCGACAGCUGUGCUCGUGGGCGGCGAGCAGGGGAACCCGAAUUGGGAGAGCGUGGAUCUCAAGGUCCAAGUGCAGACGAGUAUCAAGGGCGGAAAUGAGGCUGCUGAGUUCAAGAGGUUCGUGUCGGAGGUUGAGAGGCGGUGCCCCAUCACGCAGCUCUUCAAGCUCAGCGGAGUGCGGUAUAACAGCAAGUGGGAGAAUCUGCCGCUCUGA